AUGGUCGAUGGCUAUUUUAAUUAUAUGCGAAACCUAUACCACCGACACAGAUACAGACAGUCAUACGGUUAUCAAUACCGACAGCAAUUAGACCAUGAGUUAGACAAUGAGUUAGACCAACAAACAGAGGAACAGUUAGACCAACAAACUGAACAACAAUCAGAUGAACAAACCGAACAACAAUCAGAUGAACAAACAGAUCCAGAGUCCAGUACUACUGGGCCGACAACAAAACUGGACCCACAGUCCAGUACUACUGGGCCGACAACAAAACUGGACCCACAGUCCAGUACUACUGGGCCGACAACAAAACUGGACCCACAGUCCAGUACUACUGGGCCGACAACAAAACUGGACCCACAGUCCAGUACUACUGGGCCGACAACAAAACUGGACCCACAGUCCAGUACUACUGGGCCGACAACAAAACGGGUCCCGCAGUCCAGUACUACAGCACCGACAACACAACAACAACAACAACCGGAUCCACAGUCAAGUACUACUGUACCGACAACACAACAACAACGGGACCCGCAGUCCAGUACUACUACUACCGCAACACCCGUGAAAACAAAGUGUUCACCCGAUAGGGUUAAUACGGAUUUAGUUAUUAAAUAUAUUAAUUGCAAACAACAGUUGGUUAACAAAUUGCAAUCGACUGAUAAUUAUGAUCAGUGGAAAACAAAACCAUAUCAACAGCCAUACGAACAGUCAUACGGACAGCCAUACCAACAGCCAUACCAACAGCCAUAUCAACAGCCAUACGGAUAUCAAUACCAACAACCAGACCAACAAUCAUAUCAACAAUCAGGCCAACAGUCAGACCAACAGUCAGACCAACAAACAGACCAACAAACAGACCAACAAUCAAAUCAACAGUCAGACCAACAAACAGACCAACAAUCAGACCAACAAACAGACCAACAAUCAAAUCAACAGUCAGACCAACAAACAGACCAACAAUCAGACCAACAAACAGACCAACAAUCAAAUCAACAGUCAGACCAACAAACAGACCAACAAACAGAUCAACAGUCAGACCAACAGUCAGACCAACAGACAGACCAACAAACAGAGCAACAAUCAGAUCAGCAAACAGAUCCAGAGUCCAGUACUACUGCGCCGACAACACCUCCACAACAGGACCUACAGUCCAGUAGUACUGCGCCGACAACACAACUACAACGGGAUCCGCAGUCCAGUAGUACUGCGCAAACAACACAACAAUCACAACGGGACCCGCAGUCCAGUACUACUGCAUCGACAACACAACAACGGGACCCGCAGUCCAGUACUACUGCAUCGACAACACAACAACGGGACCCGCAGUCCAGUACUACUGCAUCGACAACACAACAACGGGAUCCGCAGUCCAGUACUACUGCAUCGACAACACAACAACGGGACCCGCAGUCCAGUACUACUGCAUCGACAACACAACAAUUACAACGGGACCCGCAGUCCAGUACUACUGCAUCGACAACACAACAACGGGACCCGCAGUCCAGUACUACUGCACAAACAACACAACAAUUACAACGGGACCCGCAGUCCAGUACUACUGCAUCGACAACACAACAACGGGACCCGCAGUCCAGUACUACUGCAUCGACAACACAACAAUUACAACGGGACCCGCAGUCCAGUACUACUGCAUCGACAACACAACAACGGGACCCGCAGUCCAGUACUACUGCACAAACAACACAACAAUUACAACGGGACCCGCAGUCCAGUACUACUGCAUCGACAACACAACAACGGGACCCGCAGUCCAGUACUACUGCACAAACAACACAACAAUCACAACGGGACCCGCAGUCCAGUACUACUACGUCGACAGCACAACAACAACGGGACCCGCAGUCGAGUACUACUGCGCCGACAACACAACAACGGGACCCGCAGUCCAGUACUACUGCGCCGACAACACAACAACGGGACCCGCAGUCCAGCACUACUGCGCAAACAACACAACAAUCACAACGGGACCCGCAGUCCAGUACUAUUGCAUCGACAACACAACAACGGGACCCGCAGUCCAGUAAUACUGGGCCGACAACACAACGGGUCCCGCAGUCCAGUACUACUACUACCACAACACCCGUGAAAACAAAGUGUUCACCCGAUAGGGUUAAUACAGAUUUAGUUAUUAAAUAUAUUAAUUGCAAACAACAGUUGGUUAACAAAUUGCAAUCGACUGACUAUUAUGAACAAUGGAAAACAAAAAUCUAUGUUCCGAAUCGUUUAUCAAUUGUUUUAAUCGGAAAAAAGAUGAUUAUCUAA